GCAUGGAUGAGAGGUUAUGUGUGCCCCCCAGCUGAAGGCCUCUGUUGCCCUGACAUCCCACCAGUCCCUCUGUGAGCAUGUAUCGCAGGAACGGACUCUCGGAUGGCACCAGCAUCAAUUCUGUCACUUCAGAGGCCAGCAGCAGCUCUGAUUCUCUGGAUGGACCUUGCGUGGACUACGCCAAGAGCUAUGAUGCAGUCAUCUUUGAUGUGCUGAAGGUGACGCCUGAGGAGUUCGCUAGCCAAAUCACUUUGAUGGAUGCACCAGUUUUUAAAGCAAUACAGCCAGAGGUGAGCUUUUGGCUGGUGAGAGAAAUCUUAACCGCCCACACGCUGAAAAUCCGAGCAGAAAUACUAAGCCAUUUUGUCAAAAUAGCAAAGAAACUGUUGGAGUUGAACAACCUUCAUUCUCUGGUGUCAGUGGUGUCCGCUCUGCAGAGCGCUCCCAUCUUCAGACUCAGCAAAACCUGGGCGUUGAUCAGUCGGAAAGACAAGGCCACAUUUGAGAAGCUGAACUAUCUGACAUCCAAGGAAGAGAACUACACCCGCAUGAGAGAAUACAUCCGCUCCCUGAAGAUGGUGCCCUGUAUUCCUUACCUUGGGAUCUACCUGUUAGACAUGAUCUACAUCGACUCAGCCUAUCCUGCAUCAGACAGCAUCAUAGAGACGGAGCAGCGGACCAAUCAGAUGAACAACCUUCUGAGGGUCAUCUCCGACCUGCAGAUGUCAUGUAACUACGAUUACUUGGUGACCCUGCCACAUGUCCAGAAGUAUCUGUUGUCAGUUCGCUACAUAGAGGAACUUCAGAAGUUUGUAGAGGAUGACAACUUCAAGCUGUCUCUGAAGAUUGAACCUGGCAACAGUUCCCCUCGCAUCGCUUCUUCUAAGGAAGACCUGGCAGGGGCCGAAUGUACGCAACUCUGGGCCCCAACUGGAGGGUCCCACUUCGCAACUCCCCCCGGAGCCGCAGCUAUGUUUACAGCUCCUCUGCCGCCAACUCCUGCUAUGGAUGCAGCGAGGCCGGCAGUGUUACCAUAGAAGGACCCCUGCGAAGGAAAACACUACUGAAGGAGGGACGCAAGCCGAGGUUGUCAUCGUGGACCAGAUUUUGGAUCACUCUUUCUGGAUCAACACUGACAUUCUAUGGGGCGAAGGCACUGAGGGCCUCUGAGAGGAAACAUUACAAGUCCAGCCACUGUAAGAAGGUGUGUGUGACGGGAUGGAUGGUGGUGCUGCCGGAUGACCCAGCCAGACCCAACAUCUUCCAGCUCAAUGACCCAGACAAAGGCAAUGUUUACAAGUUCCAGACAGGAUCCAGGUUUUCAGCGAUCAUCUGGCACAAAAACCUGGAAGAGGCUUGCAGAAGCAGUAGACCUCAGAUACCAGCAAACCUCAUGUCAUUUGAAUGAGAGCAGACCUUAUCCAGAGGGACAUUAUUGUGCCAAACCCAUUAGUUUGGGAAGUAUAGACUAAAUGAUGAACACAGUGGAAUUUGAUGGUAUCUACUGAAAUGGGAGAGUCAAGAAGCAUCUGACACUGUAGAAGAAGCUCUGGAUGAGUGACUGCAUAUGCCAACACACCUGCUGUCUUCUUCAUCAGGACUAAGUGUAAUGUAAACAAUGGAAAAAUCCAGCCAAUGGAAGACUUUGGUGAGGUUGUCCCUUGUUUCUUUCUCUCAGCUUCCUUGUUCACUGUCAUUUGUUACGCUGCUAAAAACAUGUGAGCAAGCACAUAGUUUUUUGGCCCAUGUUGGGUUUCUGCUUGGGUGAAAAGAUGCAUCAGUGCACAAAUGUGGACAACAGUGUUAGCUGACUGAUGCUGAUCUUCGGUCUGCAGACCAGUGUUAUGCGGCCUUCAAAUGGAGUUCAGGUUUUAAACAUGGAUGGUUGAAAAAGACACCCCUGUUGUAAAAGUGUUUGAAUUUGUGAAACUGUUCAUGCAAUAUUCUUUCUGCAUUUCAACAUCGCACAGAGGAGGAAGACACACAUCCAAACUUGUAAAUUUGGAUCCUUGGAAAAGUUCCGGAGUUGUGAGCGUGAAAAACGUGACCCCGUUUGAAGGCCUCACUAAUACGAUUAAAGAUCAGCACUGCAGCGAAAAGGACAAACGAUGAGACUUCUUCACCUUCAGUGCUGUGUUAUACAGCUGGACUGAAUUAGUUCCAAAAUAAGAGAAUUCAUAGUUGUACAAAAACAAUAAGGAAUCAUGAAGUUGGCUUUAAGAGCCUGUGCUGUAUUGUUGGUCAAAUGAAGAAGCAGCCCUGGAUCAGUUCACCCGUUCACCCCUCGCUACCUCAGUUGGUAGUCCUCCUGUAAAAGGUGUUUGCUGAUGUACAUAACAAGGUUUACAAAUGGCAACAAUUAAUAUUUUGUACAGAACAAAUCUAAAUUUGGAAAUAGUACCAAACAAGGUGAUAAUUACAAUCAAUAAGACAGUCAGCUGUUGUCUACACCAGUAUGAUCAGGCAGCUGGUGGAGUGAAUUUAAAGCAAUUUACAAUGAAGUACCAAGCUUUCAACAAUCACGUGUGUGUAAAUACUGUAUUUAUUUGUAAAAGAGUUUAUUUUUUGACAGUUGGCCAUCAAAGGGAAAUAGUUUGAUGGAUUAUCUUUGAUUCACCACCUGCUGCAGGAAGCUGCUCCUCAGAGAGACUCUUGGUGGGAAGCCACCCUAAAACUUAGUCUGAUCUCCAACUAAAGGACAGUGGAAUAAGGGAACUCCAUCAGCACUGGUUCUGAAUAAUCAUGCUUUAAAAGCAAAAUGUUAUGUUGAAUUUAAAGGAUAAUUCUGCUUUAAUACAUCUUGGAUUGAACUUUUUACGCUGGAAAAUAAGGAGUUUGUCUGAUGUUUAACCAUGUCUAAAGCUAAAAGUGUUCAGAGCUGUUCUGAACUCAAAGGCGGAAUGAAAAGCCAGCUGCCAUAGAGAAAUGGGGAAAAGUAAUUUUUUUAUGGGGAUUACGGUGCACCCUUUAGUUUGUCUUGGAAGACAUUCAUAGUUCAAGAGAAGACAAGUUCAAAUCCUGGCUCCUUUCUCACCUCCACACAGCUGGCCAAUCACUGAGUGAGGUGGGUGUGAAUGUCACUUUCAGAAAUUGUCAGACAGCCCCCUCCCAAAUUCCAACAUCACAGAGGUGUGGAGCCUUGACGUUUCCAAAGCUGUUGGGAAAAGGGAUGGGAAAUCGAGAACCAGUCCCAAAUUUUCCGAUCCAUCGCAAUUGUAUGCCUCUGAGCUUAUCAAUACCUUUGAUCAAUGCCAGCAUGUUUCUCUGACAGUCAAUUUUUUUAGCUUUCUGAAACACAAAAUCCAACAAUCUCACCCACCUAAAUCAGUGAUUAGCUAGCUGUGUGGAGGUGUCAAAGUAGACGGCUCUUUUAUUCUUCUACUUCAGUUACUUUUUGCAAGUACAAUUGAGUGCAGCAGCACCAUAAAUGCCUUCGAGUCUGCGUUGCAUACCCAUUUUUACAAUUGAUCUCGCCCUUCUCCAGGACAGCUAGCUUUCCCCCCCAUCCUCCGAGGGUGCCUGCUCAGAACACCUAUAAACCUUCAGAUGUGUUUGGAUGACGCUUAAAUUUGUUUAAAGUAUAUCCAGCCCUUAAAAGGUCAGACAUCCGGUAGGAGGUCAGAGUUGAACUCCUGCUCCUUAACAUUGAAAGAAUUCCGCUGAGGUGGCUCUGUCAUCUGAUUACCAUGGUGAUUUAACAAGGACAAGGCCUGAGGCAGACCCAGAACAUCCUAGAGGGGAUUAUCCUAGCUUUGUGAGGCAGCUGCACCCCCAAGAUCACACAAGAAUCCGCCUUGCAAGGCUUCAAGCAUUGGGCUUGUGUCCAACCACAGUGGCAUGCUAAGGCAUGAGCUACGGGCGUGGUUUAAUGUGUGUGGGAGAAGACAACAAUAGUGGCUGCUCAAGAGGUUAGCAUAGAUUGUGCUAGCAUCAGUUAUAUUAAAACUGGAGAGUAUUUCUUAAUUGAAAGAAGAGCAAAAAACUGCACUGAAGGCUUUUCUCCAUGGAAAAGAUAUUUGAGAGAGUUUGACUAUGUUAUAUGGUUUGUUGAUCUGAUUGGUUGAAGUUUGCUUGGGAUAGAUGGUUCAUCCAAUCAUCAAGGUGUUUUUUAAAUGGCCAGUUCCAUCUGGUGCAGCCAGGUUAGGGUUAUCCCAUCUGGCCUGGGAAUGCCCUGGGAUUUCCCAUGAGGAGCUGGAGGACAUGGCUAGGACAAUAGCCUAGAUAAGCCAGGAUAAAUGGUGUAAGAUGGAUGGAUGGACGGUUAGGGACACAGCAACAUGAUGGAAACAAAGGCCAAAGCUAUGAAAAUAGCAUCCAAGUUGUAAUAAACUGGAAUCAUCCUUCAAUUUCUUUGAGUUCCACUCUUAAAUGAAGUUAUACAUUUACUAAUAGAUGUCAUAUUUCUAAUGUUCCCUGUUGUAAAUCAUGGUAACUGUCAGUCAUUUAUGAUAUCAGUUUUAAUGGUGGCAAAACAGGAAUCUCAUGUUGUUGAGAAUCUUAUUAGUGUUCUUUAUGUUUUUCAUUCAUGUCCUUACCUAAAAUUCUUGGUGGACUGAUUGUCCACUUUCUUCCGCUAGUCCAAUUUUUUCUCUUCUUCAGUAUUAUUGUCCGUCUUUAGAUGAAUGCAGUCAUGAAGGCUCUCUUCAAUUUUAGAGAAUCAUAUUGGUGAUAACGCCUGAUAACUUACUACAAAUAAUGCAGCUAAUCACUUUGCAAACCACGCUGAUGUUUUUACUGUUUCAGGAAUUCAGUGGAUUCAUAUACACUACCAGUCUUCACUACCAGAAGACACACCUUCUCAUUUAAUGGUUUUUCUUUUUUUUCAUGACUAUUUACAUUGUAGAUU